GUGCGUGCAGUGAUGUAAUAAAUACGGGAAAAUCGGAUGUCAUUGAGCUCAAGAAUUGCCAAGAACAUGAAAGACACACAAAACAUAACAAGAUAUUUCGUUAUAAUAAUGGACUUUAGAUAAUAUUUUCUUAAUAUUUAGUAUUUUAUGACUCAAUUAAAACAAAUUAUAUCAAAAAACACGUUAAAGCGGGGGGUUGAUUAAAAAAAAUAUAUAUAUGUUUUAUUUUAUAUGGUUUUGUGGAUAUAACGUUGACCAAAAUCAUGACGUUAGUUCUACAUUUCAAAGAGUUCAAAGUAUCAAUAAAGUGACCAGUUUUACUCGGUAUGUACUCCUCCAUAUCUCUCCGAAAUCUAAUAGUGUACGUACAUCUGUAAAACAAAUGUGUCAGUGUUUCCGGUUCAUCAUUGGAGAAUGCACACUUCUCAUCAUUUUCUGUUAACAUUGACACCAUUGUUUUGGAGGGGUACACAUUGUGCAAAAAGAUUUAGGUGCACCUCUCAUCUUAUUAGAAAUACCACAUUUUGAAGGGACAAAGCCAAGACUUUCGACAUUGAAUGUGUGUUUUUCCACACAGUUAUUAAAUUAAUUGUUCAUCUCCUUACAUGUGGAUUAAUGUACAAGAAGAGAGCGAGCUGGAUAAACAAACCGAGAUGCACCCUCAGCCUUUGUUAAUAGAACCAUUCUUAACUAAUACCUUUCAUGGCUGAUGAUGGAGCCUGGUAUAGGCGUCAUAGGUUAUCUGAGCCAUGCCAGACACUGCACAUUUGUUGCCAAGGAAUGUUUUUCUCCCUCCAAUUACUGUUUAGAGAUUUAAAGCAUAAUCAUAGAUAAUUAACCCUUACCAGGAUAUAAAUAGCUAAAUAAAUUGCUGUUUAUAUUGGGUCCUGAUAAUAGGCCUAUAUGUUCUAACAGAGGCUUCAGCCUUUAUUUAGCAUUUAUUAUAUCAAUUAUGAUGAUGAAUGAUGUAUAAUAAUAAUUUAUGAUUCUUUUUGUCUUUAUUUACUGUAUACUAUGUAAGCCCAUUUUGAAUACAGUAGUCUUCUCGGAGGACACGCACAGAUGCUUUGGGUCCAUUCUUUGGCUCUCCGUCAACAUAAUAGUUAUCAUGGCAUAGCCUAUACAAAUAAAUCUUUAUUGCCUGCCUAUUGAAACACUUGGUGCAAUUAUGUGUGCUUUGUUGUGAUAUGGAAGCUGUUUUGUUGGCAGUUUACCAUCUUUAUUAUAUGCUGCUGUUGAGAUAAGAAGAAUGAUCCUGGUUGGUUAGGACAGGGCUAAUGAUGUAGAAGUUGGGUGGAGUUGAGUCACACACCCACACACAAAUACUAGCAUUUUAGUUUGGAUCGUGGAGUAGUUGGCACCACAGUUGUCCAAGGAAAAUGUGUCGAAGUGUUGUGAAGAUUCCAGGUCUAUUCCAGAGUUGGAUGGCUGACUGAUCCUGUGUUUGUGUGAAAUCCAACCCACAGCCAUUUCACAGAAAAAUGUCAGAAGAGAACAUCAGAAGACGCAAGGAGAAGUGUGAGAAUUGCACUAAACAGAUUUUUUUGGGGUUGAUUGGUAAUUUCCAGUGCAACAAGAAGCCGAGUGAUGAAGACCGUAGCUCCCUUCCAGAGGAAGAUGUAGCCAACGGAGAGGUCCCUGCCUCCUCCCAUCUCCUCAAGCAGCAGGUGUUGCUGAGUGCCUGUCUGUCCUGUGAGGGCUGUGUGUCCGAGGAGGAGAGCCUAAAGAUCUCCCAACAGAACCUGGAGGAGGUGGCCCGCGUCCUGGGUCUCAACAAGAAGUGUGAUGUGUCCAAACACCAGGUCCUGGUGGUGUCAGUGUGUCCCCAGUCUCUGCCUUUCUUCGCUGUCAAGUACGGUCUGGACAUUCCUGAGGCCACACGCAAGCUCUGUGGCUUCCUCAAGAGCCUGGGAGUGCAGUAUGUCUUUGAUACCACUCUAGCAGCAGGCUUCAGUAUUCUGGAGAGCCAGAGAGACUUUGUCCAGAGGUACAGCAGGAGGCACCAUGAUAGCCAGGCCCUACCCAUGUUCACCUCCUCCUGUCCAGGGUGGAUCCGGUACGCUGAGCGUGUUCUGGGCAGUCUGGUCACUCCUCACAUCUGUACGGCCAGGUCUCCUCAACAGAUCAUGGGCUGUCUGGUCAAAGACUAUUUCACCAAACAACAGAAGCUGAGCCCAGACAAGAUUUACCAUAUUAUGGUGGCUCCAUGCUUUGAUAAGAAACUGGAGGCAGUGCGAGAGGAGUUCUACAACAGUCUCCUGGAGAGCAGAGACGUGGACUGUGUCCUCACAUCCGGGGAGGUGUUCCACAUGAUGGAACAGAUGAAGGUGUCACUAGCAGACCUAGACUCCGUCCCUCUCGACCAUGUCCUGGGUGAGGCGGGGGAUCCAGCCUUGGUGAGACACCGGGGCAGAGGAUCGGAGGGCUUCCUGGAACACAUCUUCAAAUAUGCUGCUUCUGAACUGUUUAAUCUGGAUGUAGAGGAGAUCACAUACAAGACUCUCAGGAACCGUGACUUUCAGGAGGUGUGUCUGGAGCGGGAUGGGGAGGUGCUGCUGCAGUUUGCAUCCGUCUACGGCUUCAGGAACAUCCAGACCCUGGUCCACCGCAUGAGGAAAGGACACGUCCCCUACCAAUUGGUGGAAGUGCUCUCCUGCCCCGGAGGUUGUGUGAGUGGUCGUGGGCAGGCGCAGGGAGAGACAGGAAGCCGGGUGGACAAAGCCUUGGUUCAGCAGAUGGAGGAGGCCUACAGCAGUCUACCAGUCAGGCUGCCUGACACCAACCCUGGCCUACACUUUCUCUACCAGGACUGGCUGGAGGGACAGGACUCAACGCACGCCAACGCACUCCUACACACACAGUACACACAGCAGAGCCCCAGCCAGACACUGACACACACAAAGCCCCCGCACAUACAGUGGUGAGAGACACACACACACCUCUCGUGCACACACGUGCACACACACAGAAAACUCCAACACACCUCAACAUCCAAAAGCCCAAUAUGAGGGGUAAUCAGGACACUGACCCUUUCUUUUCUAAGGACCAUUACAAUGCUUCACAUAGGUACCAUUGUAUAGGUGGGGACGGCCAGAGGACCAGGAUGUUGCUUUUGUGGUCUUUUGCACCCUGCCUAAAGAAUAAUCUAUGGAAAAGACUGGACCAGUAUAUCCCAGAAAGACUUAAUUCUGGACUUCAAUAUGCCACAAGGUGGUGCUGUUGUUCCAUCUGUUUCACUGCUCUAGACUGCUGUGGAGGCUGGUCCACUGUUCUCUCACACCAUGGAGGGGGAAAAGGACGCCAGUGCCAAAUAUGUGGGCGAGAUUCCAGAGCGAAUCAAUUAUGUGACGGACCACAACAUUUAAUCCAGAGGGACACAUUUGCAGGAUGGACAACAUUUCAUCUGCCAGCCAAAGGAGCAGUAACCCUGGGAGGAAUAAUAUUUGAUCCAAGGGGAUGAAGCUGAAAAACUCACACAAAUGUGUCCUGUUAACAUGUACUGAAUGUUAAGCCUGUAAGAAGAUCUAGAUGCCUUAGUAGUAUUGCAUUUCAGAGGGGUAAAAAUACCCUAAAUGUUCAACAUAAAACCAGGUGUACUUGUUUCAACUGUGAAAUGUACAUGUUGUUUUGUCUCCUGUGAUUCCAAAAUGAUCAAUCAAUUGAUUGAAAAUGCUAUAUCUUCUCACUAAGAAUGCUGAUAGUGCUGUUGUGACUGCCAUUUGCAUUGUGUGUGUUCAUCCAUGUAAUAAUCACUGCAAUCAAUUUGGUAAAUGGCUGUGGGAUAGGGAUGGAGAAAUAUAACCACUCUCAAAUUCAUAGACAAAGCUAUUGAGAAUUUUUCAUUUAUUUGUAUUUUGUUUAGCCUUUAUUAAUACAGGUUUUUUUCUCAUUGAGAUAACAUCUCUUUUUCAAGAGGGACCUGGAGAGAGACUGACCAUUUAUGAUUUAAACAUUAUAGUUUUAACCAUAACAAAUCACAUGUUAUUAGCCAAAUGCUACGUAAACAACAGGUGUAGACAAAGUGAAAUGCUUACUUACGUUUCCUUUUCCAACAAUGCAGAGUUAAAAAUGUAGAACAUAGAAUUAGUGACACGAGGAAUGAAUACACAGUGAAUAACAAUUAUUUAAUUUUUUUCAUAUUCACAUUGUUUACAAACAAAUGAAUAAAACAAGCUCAUAUUUGGGGUUCUGAUGGGGUACAACAGUUGAUCUAAGCAUGAGGCAUUUCUAAGUUAUAUUUUUCAAUAGUUAUUGGGUACACAACAAUCCAUUUACAAGUCCAAAAGUGAAUGUACCAAUCACAGAUUGGCCCUUUUAAGGUUGUUUUAUUUGACCAUAUAGUGUCUGUGUCAUAUUGAUUGAUGAGCAUUAAAACAAUUCUAACCUGGAAAUCAGUCUGAUUUGAAUAAAUUCUGAAAUGGGACUGAGAAUAUAUCCCUUAGCCCCUCUCUCUCUCUCUCUCUCUCUAGAAUGCUAUAGACUCUAGAUCCAAGAAUUUUGAAAAUGUGUGGAAAACCCAACAAAUCAUCCACCUCUGUUCUGACAGAAAUAAAGUGAUGCAAAGGUUGCAUUUUAGGAGUGCAGGCUAGGGCUCUUUCACCUCUGUAAACUAUAGUUGCACGUUUUAAUGUCACAAGUACAGUUGAAUGCCUUUCAAACAUGAGAAAUAAGAAAUAUGAAACACUAAGUAAGCAUAUAAUAUACAGGAAAUAUUUUUUGAAAUCAGAUCCAAUACCAUAUUCAGUGUGAUCUUUAUUGUCCCAAUAAAUGUUGACCCUUCAUUCUCCCAUCUUCUCUCCUCUCUGCCUCCCCCGGAGAUUUGUCUUCCAACAAGACAAUGAUCCAAAACAUAAAGCAGAAUCUACAAUGGAAUGGUUCAAAAAUAAACAUAUCCAGGUGUUAGAAUGGCCAAGUCAAAGUCCAGACCUGAAUCCAAUCGAGAAUCUGUGGAAAGAACUGAAAACUGCUGUUCACAAAUGCUCUCCAUCCAACCUCACUGAGCUCGAGCUGUUUUGCAAGGAGGAAUGGGAAAAAAUGUCAGUCUCUCGAUGUGCAAAACUGAUAGAGACAUACCCCAAGCGACUUACAGCUGUAAUCGCAGCAAAAGGUGGCGCUACAAAGUAUUAACUGAAGGGGGCUGAAUAAUUUUGCACGCCCAAUUUUUCAGUUUUUGAUUUGUUAAAAAGGUUUGAAAUAUCCAAUAAAUGUCGUUCCACUUCA